GUCCCGGCGAAGUUUGAGGUUACUGACAAACGGUUAUUACCGUGACGACGGUGAAAUGAAUGAGAGCAGCAGCUCUCACCAUCUGUCUUACCAAGAGAGCCCUGUCAGGGUGUUUAAGAGGAGGACCGGCUCUCGGAGGCAGACUCUGUCCUGUAACGGGUCACAGGGGACCACUCCUUCCCUCUCCCGUACCGUGUCUCAGACAGCAGCAUCCUGCAUCUCCUUCAGCUCAGAGUCUUUGAGAGGUGUGGCCUCUGCCUUGAAGGCAGCCGCUCAGAGACAGAACCAGUACGUUAGCCCCACCUCCCGCAGCUGCAGCUCUGGGCGCUCCCUGCUGGACCAGUCGUGCCUGACCUCUGGAUACUCGUCCUCAGAGGAGUGUGAGGCUGUCCUGCCCCCCCCCUGGAGAAAGAGGAGCAGGCAUCUGAGCAGGACCCAGUGCACCAGUUCUUCUAGGAUGUUCUGUGGUGAUGCUCAGUCUGUGGACACAAGUUUCAUACAAGUGCUGUUUGCCAGUCUCGCCCUGCUCUGCUGCAACCUCUUUGGCCUCCUCAGGGAUGUGCUGCUUCUCUGCAGUUGUACCCAGCUCUUGAGGAAGCCUGCACUGACUGUUUUGACUUUGACCCUUAUUGCUACUGGUUUCUGGUUUUGGUACCCUGCUCUCACCUCUCUCCUGAAUGUUACUGAACCUGCCUGGUCUGGAUACAGCACAUCUACCCUCGCCAUAAACACGGACCCAAGGAUUGUGACAGAUUUCAACGUGUUCCGCAAGGAAGUCCUGGACCGUAUCAACCAAGGAGAGGCCAGAUGGAAGGACAGCUGGACUCGAGAACUGGAUGAUGUUAAGCGAGAGAUCAGCCUUCUGCAGAAGGAUGGAGAGAGACACAGGCACAUGUCUGAGAUUCUGAAUGCAGAAAUCACUCAUUUUAAGGAUGUGGCAAAAACCAACGACCUUGACAAACAGGCUUGGGUGACCAAAAAGGUCACUGAACUCAAAGACAGCGUGUCGUACCUCAGAACUGUUCAGCACAACCUGGAACAACGAAUGGAUGCCCAAGAAUACACCAAUGCUCAGCUGAAGGAGGAGCUCACUGAUUGGCUGAAGAGAGAGCUCCGGGCGGGACUUGGUCAGGAUACAGGAAGUGUUGUUCUUCACCCUGAGCUGCGGGAGCUGGAGGCUCUGGAGAAGAGGCUGCUCCACCAUCUGGCUGAAGUAGCACACAAGGAACGCUCUGACAUGUGGAGGACUGUGGGAGAGAGCCUGCAGAAGGAAGGACUUGGUGCCAUCACGGUCAAGGAUGUCCAUGAGAUUGUUCAGAGGGCAUUGAGCCUCUAUAAAGCAGAUGGAACUGGCAUGGCUGACUACGCUCUGGAAUCUUUAGGUGCUACUGUGAUCGAGUCCCGUUGCACAGAAACAUACCGCACCAGGUCUCGGUGUUACAGUCUGUUUGGGGUCCCACUGUGGUAUGCCUCAGAGAGUCCACGCACUGUUAUACAGCCUGAGAUGUAUCCUGGGAAGUGCUGGGCGUUUAAAGGUAGUGAGGGGUUCCUCACCAUCGCCCUGUCCCUCCCUGUGCGCGUCACACAUGUCACCUUGGAGCACAUCCCUAAGAGCCUCUCCCCCACCGGCCGCAUCGACAGCGCCCCACAAGAGUUCGCCGUUUACGGCCUGAGUGGCUUUGAUGAGCAGGAGGAAGGGAAGUUCCUGGGUAGAUUCACGUAUGACUCUGAUGGCGAGCCCAUCCAGACCUUUGAGCUGCCGGACUCUGUGAAGGAUGUGUAUGGUGCACUGCAGUUGAGGGUUCUCAGUAACUGGGGUAACCCUAAGUACUCCUGCAUCUACAGAUUCAGGGUCCACGGCCAGCCACUGUCUCACUGAGAGAGACACACAACCUCACACAACCUCAGCAAAUACUUUAUUUUCA